GUGCGUUAGCGUCCACAGCUAUGAUGUCACCCACGCUAGGAGUAUAAAGGUGCUGCAAAUGAGUACAACUGGCUACUCAAACCCAAGUCUUUGGACUAUGAACAGACUCAUAUUUGUGGUUUUCCUGUUGGCGCUGCUCUGUCUCUGCAAAGGAGGUAACCCUUGCUGCUCAGAGCCAUGCCAGAACAGGGGCAUAUGCACAGCACUAGGAACAGAUGAUUACGAGUGUGACUGCACUCGCACAGGUUUCUAUGGACAGAACUGCACAACACCUGAGUUCCUCACACGGAUCAAGCUGACCUUGAAGCCAUCACCCAACACUGUCUACUACCUUCUCACCCACUUCAAGGGCUUCUGGAACAUCAUCAACAACAUCUCUUUUCUCCGGGAUACCAUCAUGAGAUAUGUGCUGACAUCCCGCUCCCACAUGAUUGAUAGUCCUCCAACUUACAAUGCGGAUUAUGGUUACAAAAGCUGGGAAGCCUAUUCCAACCUCUCAUACUAUACGCGCACUCUCCCUCCUGUACCAGAGGAUUGCCCAACCCCCAUGGGAGUAGUAGGUAAAAAAGAGCUACCUGAUGCUAAACUUUUGGCCGAGAAGCUCCUGGUGAGGAGGCAGUUUAUCCCGGACCCGCAGGGCAGCAGUCUGAUGUUUGCAUUCUUUGCACAGCAUUUCACUCACCAAUUCUUCAAAUCUGAUAUGAAGAAAGGACCUGCAUUCACCGCGGCUAAAGGCCAUGGGGUGGACCUCAGCCACAUUUAUGGAGACGACCUGGAGAGGCAACACAAGCUUAGACUCUUCAAAGACGGCAAACUUAGACAUCAGAUUGUGAAUGGAGAGGUUUACCCCCCAACAGUGAAGGAAGUAGGUGUCGACAUGAUCUACCCUCCUCAUGUCCCCGAAUCUCACCGAUUUGCCGUGGGUCAUGAGGCGUUUGGCCUGGUCCCUGGUCUGAUGAUGUACGCCACCAUUUGGCUGCGGGAACACAACCGGGUGUGUGAUGUGCUGAAGGAGGUGCACCCGGACUGGGAUGAUGAAAGACUCUUCCAGACAUCACGGCUCAUCCUGAUUGGUGAGACCAUAAAGAUUGUGAUCGAGGACUACGUGCAGCAUCUCAGCGGCUAUAACUUCAAGCUCAAGUUUGACCCCGAGCUGCUCUUCAAAGAGCGUUUCCAGUACCAGAACCGCAUAUCUUCAGAGUUCAACACACUUUACCACUGGCACCCACUGAUGCCCGAUUCUUUCCACAUUGAGGAGAAGGAUUACAGUUACAAGCAGUUUGUCUUCAACACCUCUGUAGUGACUGAGCACGGCAUCAGCAACCUGGUGGACUCAUUUACCAAGCAGAUUGCUGGACAGGUUGCUGGUGGUCGCAAUGUUCCUGCACCUAUCUUGUACAUAUCCAUUAAGGCGAUAGAGCACACCAGACAAAUGCGUUACCAGUCUAUGAAUGCCUACAGGAAACGAUUCAACAUGAAGCCCUACAGCUCUUUCGAGGACCUGACAGGAGAGACUGAAAUGGCAGCACUGCUGGAGGAGAUGUAUGGGCAUGUCGACGCUGUGGAGCUCUACCCCGGCCUGCUUGUGGAAAAACCCAGGCAGAAUGCCAUCUUUGGGGAGAUCGUUGUGGAGAUGGGGGCCCCUUUCUCCCUCAAGGGCUUAAUGGGGAACCCCAUCUGCUCCCCGGAGUACUGGAAGCCCAGCACCUUUGGAGGAAAAGUCGGAUUUGACAUCGUCAACACAGCCUCGCUGCAGAAACUCGUCUGCAACAACGUGCAAGGCCCCUGUCCUGUGGCGUCUUUCAGUGUGCCAAACAUUAAAGAGACGGAGCCCAUGAUCACCAACUCGAGCACGUCCCACUCAAGCGGCAGUGACAUCAACCCUACGGUUAUUUUGAAAGAAAAGACGUCUGAGCUCUAAUUUUAUCUUUCACUGGGGGAUCUUUUUAUGUAUUUAUAUGUAUAUAUGUAUAUAUAUAUAUAAAUGUUAUAUAUACUUAGAGAAAGAGGGAUCUUUGUAAUGGAGAGUGAAAUAUUGGGGUUGCCAGUUCUGUAAACCACAAAGGUUGUGUUGCAAUGAAAUUACUUUAUGUCAUACCUGUAGCCUGAUGUGUCAGUACAAAGGUUUGUACUCAUACUACAUAUUGCUGCAGUGAUUACAAUUGCCUACUCUGGCGUGGUUUUUUGUUUUUGGGACUUCUUUUUGGGAAAAUGGGACUUUUCAUUUGUUUAUCUUUGACUUGUCUUUGGUUGGGGGUCUUCUGUAGCUGAUGGUUGGUUCAUCUGGUUAAGCCUUUCUUAGACUUUAUUAUG